UCCGGCGGCUCCGGCGGCUCCUUUGUUUCCCCCGCCGGGAUCGGGUUCGGGAUCGCGGCGGGAUCCGCCCGCCAUGGGCCCAGCCGAGGGCUCCGCCGAGGCUUCCGCCGAGGGGCCCGGCCCCGCCCAGCAUUAGGAGCCGAUCCCGUCUGGAGGUGUCGGAGCCCCCCAUGCCCGUAGGUGCAGCUCCAGGCGCCCCUUCCCGGCUCCAGCUCUGAGAUGGCGACUCCGGAGCCCCCCCUGGGCGGGACCCCCCGGCCCGGCCCCUCUCCCGGCCCCGGCCCCUCCCCAGGAUCCAUGUUGGGCCCCUCCCCCGGCCCCUCGCCGGGCUCCGGACACUCGGGACACUCCGGACACCUCCCGGCGCCGGGAUACGCCCCGGAGUCCAUCCACCCCCUGCACAAGCCCCUGGACGCGCUGCACGAGAAGGGCCUGGCCGAGGACCCGCGUUACGGGACCAUGAAGGGGAUGGGGCUGCGCCCGGGGGCACACGCGGGGAUGGGACCCCCCCCCAGCCCCAUGGACCAGCAUUCCCAAGGUUACCCGUCGCCCUUGGGGGGCUCGGAACACGCCUCCAGCCCGGUGCCCUCCAACGGCCCCUCGGGGGGCUCCGGGGGCAGCUCCGGGGGGUCCCUGGAGGGCUCCGGCGGCGGCUCCGGCGCGGAGGCCCCGGCGCUGGGCCCGGGCGGGCGCGGGGCCGCGUCGCCGUUCAACGCGGCGCAGCUGCACCAGCUGCGGGCCCAGAUCAUGGCCUACAAGCUGCUGGCCCGGGGGCAGCCCCUCCCCGAGCACCUCCAGGUGGCCGUGCAGGGAAAGCGGCCCCUGCCCGGGAUGCAGCCCCAGAUUCCCGCUCUACCUCCGCCCGCCGGAGCCGCCCAGGCCGCCGGAACCGCGCCCGGAGCGGGGCCGGCACCGCCCGGAUACUCCAGACCUCACGGAAUGGGAGGGCCCAACAUGCCCCCGCCCGGCCCCUCAGGAGUUCCCCCCGGAAUGCCGGGACAGCCCCCCGGGGGCCCCCCCAAGCCCUGGCCGGAAGGGCCGCUGUCGGCGGCGGCGCCGGGCGGGGCCCCCCAGAAGCUGCUGCCGCCCCCCCCCGCGGGCCGCCCGUCCCCCGCCCCGCCCGCCGUGCCCCCCGCGUCCCCCGGGCCCCCCCCGCCCUCGCCGGGGCAGCCGGCGCCGCCCGCCCUGCCCAUGCACCCCAAACAGAACCGCAUCACCCCCAUCCAGAAACCGCGCGGCCUCGACCCCGUCGAGAUCCUGCAGGAGAGGGAGUACAGGCUCCAGGCCCGCAUCGCCCACCGCAUCCAGGAGCUGGAGAACCUGCCCGGCUCCUUGGCCGGGGACCUGCGGACCAAGGCCACCAUCGAGCUCAAGGCCCUGCGGCUCCUCAACUUCCAGCGCCAGCUGCGGCAGGAGGUGGUGGUGUGCAUGCGGCGGGACACGGCGCUGGAGACGGCGCUCAACGCCAAGGCCUACAAGCGCAGCAAGCGGCAGUCGCUGCGCGAGGCCCGCAUCACCGAGAAGCUGGAGAAGCAGCAGAAGAUCGAGCAGGAGCGGAAGCGCCGCCAGAAGCACCAG